AUGUCUCUGGACGAUAUUGGUAUUGAUUAUACCACGAAUGUGUUGACCACGUCCGGCCCGUCUACUAUGGCAAAAGCAAAGGAAUCCCCGACGCUGCUCAAGUUCGAGCCAGGCUCCAUGGUGUGGAAAGCAUGGCGUUCCCGUUAUAACAACUAUGUUAAAAUACUGGAACUCACCACAGAGGACGAUCAAAAGCGGCUGCUCUUGGACUCACUAGGAGUGGAAGCACAUGAGAUGCUGUUUGCCAUGUGUCUUCCACAAGAUCCCGCAGAGCUAAAGUUGGAUGAAGUCAUUGCCCAUCUCGAGCAUGCAUACGUAAAGAAGACACUGCAGUCAACAGAAUGGGCGAACUUUUUCCUCCUGAAGCAGGAAGUUGGUGAAACCCUUUUGGAUUUUGCCAAUAAGCUGCGGAGGAAGGCCGUGUUGUGUUCUUUUCCGGCGGACGCGUUGGAGGGGAACAUGCGUGCGGCCUUCCUAAACGGAGUCCAAAAUGAAGCGACGCAGCGCCAUUUACGAACCAAGGAAAUUGAUGUUCUGGCGAAAGCGCUGAAUAUCGCAGAGCAGUAUGAGCUGGCGCAGCUGAAGCGGACAGCCACUACUACUGAAGUGGCGAGGAUCGACGGCGGCCAGAAGGGACGUUCGGAGCCACAUCCGAAGGGACGUAACGGUGGUACUCGGCCUGGGCGUGGUGACGGCAACAGUGGCAAGAUGGCUGGCAGCAGCGGCGCAUGCUACGCGUGUGGCGGAAAAGGGCAUGUGAAGGCGGAUUGCUGGGCGAAGGAAGCGACGUGCAGAAAGUGCGGCAAGAAAGGUCACGUCGCAAAGGCGUGCAAGCCUCCGCCGAAGGGCGACAGAGGCGGCGGUGGCCGUCGGACGUGGACAGUGCAGGAAGACUUCGACGUCCUGGCUAUCGGGGAAGAAGUGGGUGGAUCGAUUCGGGUACCGAUUACCUUGAAUCAUGCCCGUGUAUCCAUGCUGUUGGAUACGGGAUCAGGUGUGACGAUCAUCACGGCGAGCACGUGGAGACAGAUCGGCUCGCCGAAGCUGACGCCUUAUGCCACACCACUACAAAGUUUCACGGGCCAUCCGAUCCAGGUGAUCGGAAGUGCAACGAUGCCGGUGGUAUAUGGCCGAGCAAGGAAGUCACUGCCUGUCGUCGUCGUAGACCGUGGAGGUGACGUGCUGGGGCGUGACUGGAUCAAAGCGCUAGAUCUGAGUCAUUUAAGUCUCAAAGAACUGCAGGUGUCUUCGGUGUCAAAGGUCACCGCCCGCGCAACUGUCCAGAGCAUCCUGGAUCGCCACAGCAGCGUAUUUCGCGAGGAACUUGGGCACUGCAAAGAGUUUAAGGCUCACCUCUACCUAAAGGAAGGCGCGAAGCCGGUCUUUUGUAAGCCACGAACGGUCCCGUUCGCCUAUCGGGACGCAGUGGAGAAAGACCUGGACCGCUUGGUGGAAAGAGAGAUACUCACGCCUGUGGAGCAUGCGGACUGGGCUGCACCUAUUGUUGGAACGCAAAAGCGAGCAGGAGACAUCCGCACGUGUGCUGACCUGAGCACAGGUUUGAAUGACUCGCUCGACGUGCAAACCUAUCCGCUGCCCACUCCCGACGAGUUGUUUGCUAAGUUGAACGGGGGUGACAAGUUCAGCAGCCUGGAUCUGGCUGAAGCGUAUGCGCAAAUAGAGCUGGACGACAAAAGUAAGCAGCUUGUCGUCAUCAACACGCAUAAAGGUCUGUUCAGGUACAACCGUUUGCCGUUUGGAGUCGCAAGCGGACCAAGCAUAUUCCAACAUAUCAUUGAGCGCAUACUGCAAGGCUGCGAGGGCGUGGCAGUGUACAUUGACGACAUUAUCGUUACGGGCAAGACGGACGAGGAACACCAGCGAAACUUGGAAGCGGUGUUAGAACGGCUGGAGAAGUACGGACUGCGAGUGAAACUGUCAAAGUGCAGAUUCAUGCAGGAAUCGGUCGAAUACUUGGGUUUUGUGGUGGACCGUCGCGGGCGACAUAUUUCCCAUGAUCGCAUGAAAGCACUGGUGGAUAUGAAGAUGCCCACCAACGUCAGUGAGUUACGUGCAUACCUGGGCAUGUUUCAAGCACUCAAGGAAGAAAUUGUCCACGCAACGUUCCUGGUGCAUUUCAAUCCCGCAAUGCCGUUGGUGCUGGCAGCGGAUGCGUCGCAGUAUGGUGUGGGUGCGGUGUUGUGUCACCGUUUUCCCGACGGAACGGAAAGGCCGAUUGCGCACGCGUCCAAGAGCCUGUCAGCGGCGGAAAAGAAUUACGGGCCAAUUGAAAAAGAGGCACUCGCGCUCGUCUACGGCUGUAAGAAAUUCCAUCAGUACGUGGCCGGCAGGGAGUUUACGCUGUUAACGGAUCACAAGCCGUUACUGAGCGUAUUCGGCAAGCGGAAAGGUGUCCCAGUGGUCAUGGCCAAUCGACUUCAGCGGUGGGCGCUGUUGCUCAUGGGAUAUACGUUUUCCAUAGAGUACCGCCGCACCGAGGAGUUUGGUCAAGCGGAUGGCCUCAGCCGACUGCCGCUCCACUCCACACAGCUGGAGAAAUACCCAAACCUGGGGAUGGACAACGUAGCGAGCGCGCUGCAUGUGGAAAGUGCCGAAAACAUACCCGUGUCCGUGGAAGACAUCGCAAGGGAAACGGCUGCCGAUGCGGAGCUCCAGGAAGUACGCCAGUGCAUCAGUCGCGGCUGGCCGGACUCCGUAAGCGAUCGGAUUCGACCGUAUAAGAAGGUACAGCACGAGCUGGGCGUGCUGAAUGGCUGUGUGUGCUGGGGAUCGCGCACGGUUAUUCCCGCGAAGUAUCGUCCCAGGAUACUGAAGCACCUACACGCAGCACACAUGGGCGCCGGGAAAAUGAAAGGAGAAGCGCGAGGCUACUGUUGGUGGCCAUCGAUGGACAGGGACAUCGAGCAAGUCGCCAAGGACUGCCGAAUAUGCACCGAGCGCGCGGGUGAGACGGCGAAAGUUCCACUAGCGCAGUGGCCGGUACCCGAUGCUCCCUGGAAGCGCGAUCACAUGGACUUUGCCGGUCCAUAUCGAGGCACGAUGUUGCUCGUGGUUGUAGACGCAAUGUUCAAAUGGCCCGAAGUGGUGCAAAUGAAGCACGCAACGACGGAAGGAGUGAUGGAGGCGCUACUCACGAUGUUCAGUCGUUACGGUGUGUGCAAUGAAGUUGUGUCGGACAACGGCACACCAUUCACUUCGCAGCAAUUUGUGGAUUUCUGCAGCAAGUAUGGCAUUAAGCACACCAGGACGCCUCCAGGUCACCCGCAGUCAAACGGCCAGGCCGAGCUGUACGUGCAGACCGUUAAAGACGGCGUUGCAAAGUUGAUGGCCGACUGCCAUGCGCUGCCGGAUGCGUUGCGCCAGUUCCUGUGGCGUUAUCGAAGUGCGCCACAUGCAACGACCGGACAGUCACCGGCCGAACUGUUUAUCGGACGGAAGCUCCGAUCGACGUUGGACCUUUUGGUUCCCGUCAUGGCAACCGCGACAGAGCGCAAUCGCGAGCGAUACCAGAAGAAUUUCGAUAAGCGGACGAAAUCGAAGGAGUUCCACAGCGGCCAGCUGGUGCUGGUGCGCGACUACCGGUUGAACCGCACAGUUGAUUGGAUAAGCGGAAAGUUGGUCAGACGUUACGGCACAAAGGUGUGGGACGUCAAAGUCGGCGAUCUGAUGUGGCGUCGACAUGUAAAUCAGAUGCGACCACGAAGUUGGCUUGAAAUGCACGAAAUGGUAGAAGCGGAAAUCCCACCAUCAGCCAACGCGGAAGCAACACCGCCUGCCAUUGCUAAUGACCUUCCGGAAGUGACCACUGAAGCCUUGCCAACGUCUACUGCAAACGAUGCAGAGACUGUUGAAACGGAACCUGAUCAGCCGAAAGCUCAACCCGAUGCGGUGAAGGUUUCCCAACCGCAGAAGCCCGUAGAAACCAAGCAUGCCACCGUGAAUAAGCCGCAGGCUACGAAGCCCAAGAAGACAAAACCGGAACCGUGGGUUCCCCACUUGGGGAAGGUGUCAUUGUAG